AUGAAAUACGAAAAUAAACUUCGUAGGCAAGAUUACCAUGGCAUAAAUGGCAAUGUCUCGUUAGAUCGCCGUAGUGAAUUUGUGCAAUCACCAAAUCGUUACGAUCUUUCACUGGGCUCUGAUAAAUCUGCGUCAUCACGAAAUGGAACGACAACAUAUGAUGUUUUUGAAGCGGAAAGAAAUAAUCAAGAAAACAUAAUAAACAACAACACAAUGGUCUCGUCACCCACGUCUAUUGGAUCGACACAGACAAAUGGAAACAAUGGAACAUUAGACAGAAAUACUGACACGUAUAAGAAGAAAUGGCCUACCGAUAAAGCUUAUUUUCUGAGCAAGGAAAUUUUAAUGACAGAAAGAACUUACAAACGUGAUCUUGAUGUCAUUAAUUCUCGUUUUCGUAAAAUGCUUGGACCAGAAGACGUUGAAAACCUUCAACCACUCUUUGACUAUUUCGAUUCUAUGGUGCAACAUCAUUCAAUCUUUCUUCGUGACUUGGAACAUCGCAUUGUUGUGUGGGAGAAUCGUGGCGAAGAGACGCAUCGAAUUGGCGAUGUUAUGCUUAAGAAUAUGGUUGUUUUACCGAUUUAUGAAGAGUACGUUGAAGUUCAUCGAGAAAUUCUUCAAAGACUCAACGAUCUUUUCACAUCCGAUGAUCGAUUCCAACAGAUUUACAAAGAGUUUGAACAAGAAAAGGCUUGUUAUCUUCCAAUUUGUUUCUUUCUACUUAAACCACUCCAUCGUUUGCUGCAUUAUCAAACUUUAAUGGAGUUACUACUUGAGUAUUAUUCUGAUGAAAAUAUGGACAAAACAGACGUUCAAGGUGCUUUGGUUAUGCUUUCACGGACAAACGAGACGAUUCGUGAGGCAAUCAACGAGUCUGAAAACUUUGUGUUACUUUGUGAGAUUCAACGUGAUUUGAGUGGAUUCGAUUCGCUUGUUCAAGAUGAAAGAAAGCUUAUUAGGCAAGGUUGUUUAUUAAAGCAUUCAAGACGAGGUUUACAACAGCGAAUGUUCUUCUUAUUCACCGAUGUUCUUAUCUAUGCAAGCAAGCCACAAUUCUUGCAAACAUUUAAGGUGUUAGGUCAUGUUCCAGUGCGUUCAUUAUUAACAGAAAAUUCCGAGCAUAAUUCCUUCGUGAUUUUCGGUGGUGGAAUUUCAAUCACGGUAUCAGCUGGAACAACUUUCGAGAAGAACUUGUGGAUGGAAGAAUUACAAAAAGCUGCUACAAGUCUGAAAUAUCGUACGCCACAACUACAAACAACUUUCAAUGGAAUGAAGUGUUGCACUUCAUCUGAAGAAGGUCUCGAGAUGUGUGGAUUAAAUGUCAUGACACCGACUAGUGUUAAAGCUCCAACAUCAAGAAACAAUACGGCAUUGCAUGUAUGUUGGCAUCGUGGAGUGACGAUAAGCCUCGAUGAUCAUAUCAAAUCUUCGGAAAAUCAUAUCUCAGGAUAUUUGUUGAGAAAGUUUAAAAACUCUUCGGGAUGGCAAAAAUUAUGGGUCGUCUUAACACAAUUCUGCUUAUUCUUCUACAAGAGUUAUAAUGACGAAAUUCCUUUAGCAUCUUUGCCUCUCUUGGGAUAUUCAGUUGGACCACCAGACGUUCAAGAUGCUGUUCAGAAAGAUUUUGUUUUUAAACUCUCCUUUAAGAAUCACACAUACUUCUUCAGAGCUGAGAGCGAAAUCAGUUAUGAAAGGUGGUUGGAUAAUCUUAAAGGCAUUUGCAAUCAAAAAUAUAUUAGAUCGUAG